AUGCUCAUCCCAUCAGAGGAGCAAACUACAUUGGAGGUUAAUAUCUCCGAUACAAAGCAAAAUCACUCCCCUCAAUACACUUCGAAAUUCAAUAUAUAGAUUAAAAAAGUAAAGACAUUUAAGUCCCAUAAAAAAGAAAAGCAACCAAAAAAGAAAUUAGAGAUUUUAUCAGAUAUAUUAAGUAGAACUGAUCAAGAUUAUUAAUCUAAGGAGGAUUAGAAGGAUGAAGAGUAUUAUAUGUCAGAGAAUGAAUCCCCUAAAACCAGAAACCUGCUAAGCAAAAAAAAGAGUAAAGUAGAGCUAUUGAAGGAUAUGACCGAAUAUAACUUUGCUCCCUGGGACUAGGACUCCCCGAGGAGAUUUAUACAUAUCAUGGGAAGCACUUAAAAAGCUAAUUAAAGCAAUAUUAAAACUUUGCAAGGAAGUCCUAUCAAAGAUGUAAAAUAGUCACCAACCAAAGAAUUUGGCAUUCGCAUCUAACCAAGUAUAUCUCCAGCAAAAAGCCCAACCAGAGCUGAAAAAAGAGAAAACCAAUUAGAAUCUGUUGAGAAAAAGUUGCAUUCCUCCCAAAAACGUCUAAAAACAGCAUCUCCUGAAACAAGAAGACUGUUGUAAUCUUCACUUUAAUAACAGAGGCCGAGUUCUCCUUUAAAAAUCAAUCUAGUCUCAAUAGAAAACCAAUCUAAGUGCAAACAUUAAUCAGUUCUGAGACUUAAACAGGUCUACUCAUAAAAUAAAGUAAAAUAAACAAGACUGAGAGAUUUACACUAUCAAGGGGCCUCAACGACAGAUUUGCCAUCUUAAAUAUAGAAUAAUUAACUUGGUCAAUUGCAGUUUCAAUCACUAGGAAGUCUAUCUAAUCCAUAAAUAAUGAAGAAUCAGCAUUCUGAAUUCUUAAAUACCAGAAGAGAGUCUCCCAGAGAUCAGUAGAUUCUCUUCAAACAAGCUAAUGAUUUAAGGUAGAAGAUUUUAGCUAAAUUGAUCAAGGAGAGGAUGGGAGUGAGUAAAUUUCCUAGAGAGCCAUUAGAGUUAUCAGGAAAGCAGUUUCAAUCAUUUUAGUAGAAGUUGAAUUAACAGUAGGAGAAUAACCCAGCACAAUCACAAUGCACUGAUAAUAAAGAAAAUGAGCAAACUCAUGAUGACUCAGACUAAACGGAGAAAACUUAAGAUUAAAUGUUAAAGCAAGUGCAUGAAAUAUGCAGAAAGGGUGUCUUACAGUUGAAUCCAAAUCAGUCGGUCUUAAGGAAAACAAUACAACGAUACUAUAAGAACUAGGAGAAACUAAAAAAUGAUGAUUUGAUUAAAAUGGUCUAAGACAAGCGAGAUCUAGAACUGUAGAGUUUGGCAAUAACUUAAGGCGAGCUAUCUCCGAUGUGCAUUACUAAUUUUAACGAUGAUAUGAGAUCAAAUAGCUCAAGAAGAGUUAUUUAACAGCCUGGCUUCAAUCAAAUUAUAAAAAAGAAUAAUAGUCAUGCCUUACUUAUAAAAUAAAGAUAGGGAUAAAAAGUGAAUUACCGAGAUAUUGACAGGAAACUCUUACUUGAAUCUAAAGAAUUCAAACAAAGUGCAAACACUUAGAGAAUAUUCAUUUAGCAGAGGAGAUCUGAGAUUGAAAGUUAAAGCUAAAUACGAUAAACUUAGAGUAGAAUGCUUCAAGAAAGGAAUACGUCCCUUAAUGCCAAGAAAAAAUUCAUGCAAAUACUAGAUGAAAUCAAAAUGAAAUUAGAAAAUGGAAGUGGAACUGAAUUGAAACAAGCUCAAAACUAAGAGUUUGAUCAGGACCAUCAAAUGUAGAAAAAUCACUCAUUAGUGCUGCCUAUGCUAAAUAACAAAAAAAUACGGUAGAAAGUUUGA